CAUGUAAACGACCGCCAUCACCGCCAUUAUAGAUCCCGUUGUGUGUGACCGAGUCACUUUGCUCUCUACAAUUUUCACCGGAAAAUAGUGCUUUUCAUCAAGAAAUUUCUCAAUAAACGUGAACAAUUUUUUAGCAGUGAAAUGAAAACAUACAGUAGAAAAAAGGGCGAUAGCCCAAGCAAUGUGAUAAUUCAUGUAAAUGAAUUGUGCCGACUGUGUUUGGCUAAGGAAGAAGAAAUGGUGCCGAUUUACGACGAUGACGCUAUUCCCUUACCACUACGUAUCAUGGCUUGUGUUAAUCUCGAGGUGUUUGAAGAGGAUGGUCUUCCCAAUAUGAUUUGUUAUCCGUGCAAAUAUCAAUUGGAAAAAUCGUAUCAAUUUAAAAAGAAAUGCGAAGCAGCAGAUGUGAAAUUGCGUAAACAUAUGAGAUUAAUUAAUCAAAUGACUGGCGAAGAAGACGACGAAGAAAGUCAAGAUAGUAUGAGUAUGGAUCAACCAUCGAGCAGUGGAAAAUCAAAACAAGUGAAACAAUUGUUAGCUGAUUUAGUAGCGAGUAAAGAAGGUAUUGAACUCGAUACAGAACCAAUUGAAGUCACUGAGGAAGAACUUGUCGGUGGAUACAUAUUGGGAAUGUCUGCAGAAAAUCCUGAUGCUGAUGAAAAUUUUUCGGAAGGACCUGAAAAUAUAACAUUAAUGCCAGCUGAGGAAAGAACAGCGAAAGCAAGAUGUACAAUGCGUACAACACGCAUAAAACAAGAACAAGAAACAGAUGAUGAAGCUGAGGAACAUACACACACACUUCAAAGAACUGUUCCAAAUCCAGAUCACAAAAAUGUCUACUUGAUGGAACUGAGUAGUAACAGUGCUGGUGGUCAAAUAAUGAGUCAAACAAUAGUUGGUGAAGCUACAGAAGAAUUGAAAGUAUUCCAAUGUGAUAAAUGUCCAAAAGCAUUUACACGACGAAUUAUGUUGAAGAGUCAUCAAUCGGUUCAUUCAACACAAAGAGGAUUCACUUGUCAAGCAUGUGAAAAAUGGUUCCCAACACGAUCAGCUUUAGUUAGACACGAGCGAACUCACACUGGAGAGAAACCAUUUGGUUGUAAUAUUUGUCAUCGUGCUUUUGCACAAAAAGAAAUUUUACUUCGCCAUUUAAUGACACACUCGGGACAAAAACCCUUCCAAUGUCAAAGUUGUGACAAGAGUUUUACUCAACGUGAAGCAUUAAAAGUACACAUGCGAAGACAUCAGAAAUUAAAUCCCAAUGAUAUUCAAUUGCAUCAUUGUCAAUUGUGCCCAAAGGCAUUUUGUCAUGCUUCCGGUUUAAGUAGGCAUUUAGUUACUCACACUGGUAGGACAUAUAAAUGUGUUGAAUGUGAAAAAUCAUUUACUGAUAAAAGUUCACUUCUCAGACACAGUAGAAUUCAUGCACCCAAAAAACUUGUUCUCAAUUAAAUUUUUUCAAAAAAAAAGAUUUUCAGUUCUAUACUUCAUGUCAAUAUUAAUUAUUUUUCUUUAAUGAGUAUAAUCGUGCAAUUUUCAUGUUCAACACAUUUUAAUCAAAUACUUCCAUUCCUGUAAAUAAAACAAAAAAAAAUAAUGUUAUUUCAAUAUUCGUGAAAAAAGGAAUAUUAACUCUUUUUCUGAAUGUGUAUGAGAACGUCAAAAUUUUGAUUUUUUUUUCUUCCAAAAUGUAUUCAGUUUCAAACUUUGUUUUUUUAAAUUUCAGAUAUAAAAAAAAUGUAAAAUUGACGUUUUCAUACUUUGAAUUAUUGUGUGUGGAAAAAAAAACUUAGUAAUAUUAGUUUACUAGAUUUUUGAAAUCCUUAAAAAUUGACGAUUUCUCUAUUUUACAUUAAAAAGAACGUAUUUUCUAAUUUUUAACUACAAUUGAGUGAUUUAGAAAAAAAAAAUAUAUAUAUAUUGAUAGUAAUAAUUUUAAAAGUUUAAAUUUUAGUACUGAGUGUACUAUUCUUUAUAUAUAUAUAUAUAUAUUAUAGAUCAUUGGAAAAAAUGAAAUCAUUAAAAUUUUGUACAUAUAAAAAAAAUGUAUACCACAAAUAUUUUUUAGGAAGAUCGUUUCGAAUUAUUUAAAUUGAAAGAAAACUUUUUUUUCUUUUUUUUAACCAAAACAUUGCAUUUUGAAAAAAGAACCAUUGUGUAAAAAAAACAAAACAUUAAGUAUUACAAUAAAAUUAUUGUUCAAAUUUGUAAUUUACUUUUUUUAUUUAAUUUUCAAUAUUUUGAAUGAUUAAAAAAAAAAAAGUUGACAAUUUUCUGUCAGAUAAUUUUUAAUAAUUCAAAUUGUUGAUAAAAUUGCCCAUUAAACUUUUUUUAAUUACAAAUUUUAUUUUAUUUAAAAAUGUGAAAGUGGAAUUAAUUUUGUUCUGAUUAAAUUUCAAUUAAAUUGAUUACUAUUUUAUAUUGUUAAUUAAAUAAACUACAAUUCACAGAAAACAAUUUUAAUGUGUACAUACACAAUAUACAAUAUUCACAACAUUCGUACAAUAAUAUCUUUACAUAACUCUUUGAAAUUAAUGAUUAUCUGACUUCACGUCAAAAAAAUGAUCUCUUUUUCUUUUUUUUUAAUUAAAAUAUAGAAGAGUAUAUAAAGAAUGUGUAACUACAUUCAUAAAAAUAUAAGGCUUUUGAGUGAAAUAAAAUAAUCAAUUUAUUUAAAAAAAAAAAAUGUUACAAUGUUCACAUGCAUACGAUGAUUUUUCAUAUUUUUACAUAGUCGUCCAUUUUACGUAUGAUCAUAUGCACUUCAAUCUGACAGAAGAAAUAAUUAAUGUCUGUAUAAACGGAAUAUCAAAAUGUUGCAUUACACCACAGACCAAAAAUGAAAGCAUUUCACAGAAAUACUUAAUUAUUGUAAAAAGAUAAAAUCAAUUCUCUAAAAAUUAAAAUAAAAAUUAAAAAAAUAUAUAAUAUCUUUGGUUAUUUUCAUUUAAACGUCACAAUGAUCUCUGUUCGUCAUUAUAUUUUUCGUAAUUUACAAUUUAAAAAUAAACGCUUUUCAGGCGUGAUUUAUUUUAUUGACAUAAAUAUUUCAAAUGGAUAUAAAAUUUGUAUAUAUAUAUAUAUUAUUAUUUUUUUUUUUUUGCUCAUUUGAAUAUUAAAACAAUGAGAGAUAAAAUUUCUUACUGUCAGUAUCACGAAAUACAAAUGUCACAAAUAAUAUGUACGUUUUUCAGAAAACGAAUGAUAAACAUUCUAGUUUUCACAUUGGAAAAAACACUACUUUAGUGCAAUUCCUAAAAAAAAAAAACAAUCUUUAUAAGGGUAUCCUCAAAUAUCGCAUAAAAGUAUAAACAAAAAAAAAAAAAUUUACAAGAGAAAAUGCAUUCCUGAUUUCUUAUAAUAUUCUCACUUUAACUAUUUUUUACGCGAUACUUGAAAACUACUGCAAUAAAUUCAAUUUCUUGCCAAUAUAUACACAGAUUUAAUUAGUUUAAAAAAAAACUCUUCUUAAUAGAAGAAUUUCUUUAACGCAAAUGAAAAAAAAAAAAAAAAAAUUUGAGACCCAAAGUAAGUCUUUCUACCCUUACUUCCGAGAUUCUUUCCUAUGCAAUUUUUUUUUUCUUUAUGAUACUAUUUUUCCAUUACUCGUUUUUUUUAAAAAAACUCGUCGCUGAUCCAAUAACUGGGGUAGGGGGGGGGGAAGGAUUAACAUUAUUUGGUGAAGAAAAAGAUAAAAAAAAAAGAAACAAAA